AACGCCCACCCCCUGUAAACAACCCAAGUGAAGUGCAGUGUUGACGUGUGUGGCUCGAUUACGGAUAUACCACGACAACCGCUUGCGAGCACGCUAAAAUGCAUUAGAUUCAGCCUAAUUGCAAGUCAUUAUAUUAUUAUAAGUUAUACAUGCUGUGCAAGCGUGGGAUGGUUGGUCUGAAAAUAGCAUAACAUUAGCAAAUAACGCGUAACACAAGUCAAUGUUACGUCACGUGGUGUGAGUAGGGCGGCCAUCUUUCUCUGAAAACACAAACAACAAGAGUAAGGAGCAGACUUCUCGACUGGACAUCAACACGCAGCGACCGUAGGAGAGGGGGUAAACAAAUCAAACAUUGAACACGACUUCAUGAGAGGAGGAUGUUUACAGAAAGAGAAAGGAAACCAAUGCAUAUGAAUUAAAACCGAAGAUUGUACACAACAAAACGUAUUUAAAAAUAAAUAAAUAAACGACAUUAAUUCAAAGCAGUUUGAAAGGAGGUGGACAGGAAUCAAAGGUGUCGUCACCUAGAGGGUCAGUCAAGCCACGUUUCAGUCGGAGAGGAAACGACAGGAGAGAAAAGCAGGAGAGGAGGGAGAGUCACGUCUGCUCCUGGCAGCUGUUCCAGCAGCCUGUUCUGUUUUCCCCUGCGUUUUGAUUUAAAUCGAGAUUAAUCUUGUUUUUUUUUGUCAAAUGUGAUAUUACUGCUGUAGUCGUAAUCAUUAUUGUUACUAUCGAGUAUUUUAUUUUGUUUGUUUCGUCAACUCGUUUUCGGGUUAUUCCAGUUUCUUGUUUUUCUUUUUACGACUUCUUUUUCCAGUUGUGAGCAGAGGCUUCUUCCAAACUGUCCUCAUAUCCAUACCAGUACUCUAUCCCCUAUACACACCUGAAACAGGCAGCUAUUCUCUAUCUCUGUGUGUGUUGGGGAGCUCUGUUACCACAGCUGUGUAAGCACCACUCAGCCUUCUCACUCAGCCUUCUAAGCCAGUCCUAGCCUGGUCCAGCGACGUCCAGCCUGGUCCACUCUUCUGGACAGGGUAAGAGAUACUCAGCUCUGUAAAGACGCGAGGAAUAUGACUGCUGAGACACUUAACUUCGGCCCAGAAUGGCUCCGUGCACUAUCCAGUGGGGGGAGUGUGACGUCCCCCCCUCCUUCCCCCGCCAUGCCAAAGUACAAGCUGGCCGAGUAUCGCUACGGCCGAGAGGAGAUGUUAGCACUUUAUAUCAAAGAGAACAAGGCCCCAGAGGACAUGCAGGAUAAGGAGUUUGCUGCUAUUCUGCAAGAUGAGCCCAUGCAGCCGCUGGCACUGGAGCCUCUCACUGAGGAGGAGCAGAGGAACUUCUCCAUGUCUGUGAACAGCGUGGCUGUGAUGAGGCUCAUGGGUAAAGGAGGUGGAGUCGCCCCUGCGGGCAUGGCCCGAGGCAGAGGCACCACACGUGGAGGAGGCCGAGGGCGAGGCCGAGGAGAGAGUGGAGGAUUCUACCAAAGAAGUAUUGAGGAGGGAGAGGUGGGCUUCGGCCGCGGAGCCAGAGAGAUCUAUCGCAGCCAGAGCUGGGAUGACAGGGGCGAGAGGCGUUUUGAGAAGCCUGCGCGUGCCAGGGAGGGGGUACGUGUUGGAUUAGAGGAGGUGACGGGUGUACCUGUGCCGGGGGUGCCGAGGAAGGACUACACACGGUCUGACAGUGAGAACUGGCGUACCCUCAGAGAGGAGCAGGAGGAAGAGGAAGGGGCCGACCCAGGAGGCAGCUGGAGACUGGCCGCAGCACGUAGAUUAGAUGGUAGCGCACACCCACACUAUUCUGGAGACGUACACACAGCACAGCAGAGUGAUGUCACCUUAUCUUUCCCUUCAUCUCUAACUCUUUCAGACGGAGGCCCAAGGUCUGCAGGCUGGCGGGAGCACGACGGUCCGGUUGAGGGGCGUCGCAGGAAGUUUGAGUUUGACUUUGGCGGAGGUCGCAGGCGGGCCGGGAGCGAAGGGUUAGAUGACGACAGAGACGGACUGCCUGAGUGGUGCACUGAUGAAGAGGACGGAGAAAUGGGCACCUUCGACGCAUCCGGCGCUUUCCUUCCCCUAUCCAAGGAUGAGGAGUUUGACUUCCAGGGGAUAGAGGAGGAGGAAGAGAGCCUGUCUGGCAUGGAGAGGAUCAUGAAUGGAGGACAGAGAGUUGACGUCAAGGAAUCAGCCAGUGACGGGGAGGUGAAGAACAGAACCAGUUCCCCCUCCUCCUCUGCCCCUCCAGCCCUGGGCCUCAACCCCCCCAUGCCCCAGCUCUCCCUCACAGUGGCUGAGCUGGAGGCCUCUCAGAUGGCCGACAGCCACCCUCUUCCUGCUCUGCUCCCUACUCCUGCUCCUCUCGCUGUUCCUGUCCCUGCCAAGGCCAGCAAGAUGCCAAGUGAAGUAGUUCCUGAAGGAUCACCAGCAGAGGACUCCACCACCCAGCAGAGCCCCAGCACCUCCUCCAGUCUCCAUUCCCCCCCUCCCUCCGCCUCCUCCUCCUCUGCUGCUACCCACCUCCCCCUGCCACCAGGGGGUGACACCGAGGAUGACGAGGGCAUGAAGCACCUGCAACAGGAGGCAGAGAAGAUGGUGGCGUCCCUGCAGGACACAUCUCUAGAGGAGGAGUGUUUUACCCAGACGCUGCAGGAGAGCAGAAACACAGCCUCUGCACUGCCCCUCUCCCACGACGCUGCCAUGAAGUGGUUCUACAAGGACCCCCAGGCAGAGAUCCAGGGUCCGUUCACCACCCUGGAGAUGUACGAGUGGUUCCAGGCGGGCUACUUCUCCAUGUCUCUGCUGGUGAAGAGGGGCUGCGACGAGGGCUUCCAGCCGCUGGGCGACGUCAUCAAGAUGUGGGGGCGCGUGCCUUUCGCCCCCGGGCCCUCCCCACCUCCCCUGCUGGUGAGACCUCCACCACCGCGCCCGCAGCCGCUGCCACCCCGGGGUCCUGCUGGUAACAUGGAUCAGGACCGUCUGAAGAAGCAGCAGCAACAGGACUUGGCAGCAGCUGCUCUCUAUCAGCAGCUCCAGCAGCAGCAGCAGCUAUUCCAGCUCAUCAACAGGUGUGGAGAACAGGGUAUGAUGCCUUCAGUGAACAGGUCGAUGUCAGUGCCAGAUACAGGGUCCAUGUGGGACAUGCAUACCUCAGCUUCACAGCAAUCAGGCGGUGAAGCCAGUUUAUGGGACUUAACAAUGAAUUCUUCAACUCAGGGUCCAACACUCGAACAGCUUCAGAAGCUCCAGCAGGAGAGGAGGGAGGCUGAACUCAGGACGAAGCGCGAAGAGGAGGAGCAGCGCAAGAGGAGAGAGGAGAAAAGGAGGCAGCAGGAGGAGCAGAAGAGGAGGGAGGAGGAGGAGAUUUUCAGACGCAAACAGUGUCGCCAGCAACAGGAGCUGAUCAUGAAGCUGCUCCAGCAGGCCCCUCAGCAGGGCUCAGCCUCCGGGGUGGGGUCUGGCUGGGGCACUGGGGGCCUCAACAAGCCAGGGGCCAAGGGCCUCAGUCUGCUGGACAUGCAGGAAGCCGAGAGGCUUCUCAAACAGCAGCAGAGAGCCCAGCAGCAACAGAGGGAACGCCAUCAAGGCAUGUCCAUGGGUCAGUGGGGGGACGGAGGUGCUGUCCCAGGAGGCCUGUGGGGAGGCGGAGGGGGGAUGGAGGGUAAGGCUGGAGGCGGAGGGGCCAUGGGUCUGUGGGAGGAGGCGGUGAAGAACCAGUCCAGAGGUGGCAGCAUGCAGGGUCUGAAGAACAGCCGCAGCAGCCCCUCACUCAGUGAGCAGUAUAUGUUAAGUCGUAGGAAGCAGCGUACGGAUGAGGAGGACAAGCUGCUGAAGCUGCUGCAGGGCAUCAAGACGCCUCAGGACGGGUUCACCACCUGGUGUGAACAGAUGCUGCAUGCCCUCAACACCCAAGCCAACAACACCUCCUCCCCACUGGACGUGUCCACCAUCGUGGCAUACCUGAAGGAGGUAGAAUCUCCCUACGAGGUGUUAGACUUUAUCUGCUCCUACCUGGGAGACACCAUGGAAGCCAAAGAGUUCGCCAAGCAGUUCCUGGAGCGCCGUGCCAAACAGAAACAGAACCAGAAGAGGCAGCAGGAGCAGCUAUCAAAGGAAGUAGCAGGGCUGACCAUGAACAACUUCCCUCUGCAGGACUCCAUGCGGGGCGUGAACCCCAGCGCACUGCAGUCUAUGUUCCAGGCGGCCCACAUGGCUAAGGGAGGGAUGUACGAUGCCCAGGGGGGCAUGAAGAAGAAGAAACAGCCCGUGAUGCUGCAGUCUGACCCCAGCAUCCUAGGCUACUCGUUCCACAACGCGGGUGAGCGUCUGAGCCUAAAUGAGAUGGAGAUGGUGGAGGAUUACUGAUCCAGAUCUGAUCAACAGCGGCAAUAGCUACUACCUGAGGCCUUCUGUCUACUAAUCAGACAAACCUGAUGAUGAAUGUGCACUGCUAGGGGAUCGGGGGGGGGGAUUGUUUCACUGCCCCCCCCCAACAAAAAAAAAGAGUAGGGCUCCUCUUCUUCAAUCGUUCACUUGAGUGGGUGGAUGAGGUGAAAGGGGUGUGAUGGGUAUCCCUUGGCACUUGUAAGACUAAGCACCUUAAACUGAACUAAUGCACUUUAUUAUUAAGUUUGAAUCAUUUUUUUUUAUGAAUACAGAAUCGGUGUGUGUGGUGUGUGUGUGUGUGUGUGUUGAAUCUACACGCAAUGCCGUAUGUAUACACGUGAAAAUCUGAACUGGAAGGGUGAGGUGAAUGGUUGGUGGGAUAGGCUCACUAGGAGGGGGAACUCAAAGGUAGAGGGGACCUUUAUUUUGAAACCUUAUCAGAAAAACCAAUCUUUUCUUUAAAGACAAACACUGUUGUUGUUUUUUUGUUUUUUUAAGACAAUACAUUUAUAUAAAAAGUAAAGCUAUUACAAAAAAAUGGAUACAAAGAAAACUUGAAGAUUUGCACUUGUGUUAAAAAAGAAAGAUAAAAUAAAAAAACAAAUGAGGUUAGGUAUAGAGAUGAAUAUUUUGUGUGUGUGAGGGCUGCUGUGUAUCAGAAACAUACUAGUCUGCACAAUGUAUAUAUUUUUUCCAUUGCUUACCAAGAUGUAUGUCAUUUGGUUCAAAUUAGAUACAUUUUUUAUUUUUAUUUCAUGAGUAGAACGUCUGUCCUCUUGUACAGAGGGACUUUCUUUGAAUACUUGUGUGUGAGACCGAGAGUGAGAGGGCAAUCCCACAACACAUCCUUCCUCUCACCAGCUCGUCAUCCCCAGAUAGACGUAGUGGAAACACGUACAUUUGUAGAGGAGGAUUAUGGCUUUAUGUUGUUGACCACCACUUGUUUUUUUUUUUUGUGUGAUUUUGGAGUAUGGGCUAUACCCCUCCCCUGCGGUCUUCUCUCAGCCACGGUCUCUGAGCCUCUGUGAGGUUUCAAACAGACAGUGGUAAGGAUCUUUAGUGUGUGUGUGUGUGUGUGUGUGUGUACGCCUGUGUCUUUACUAAUCAUAGGAAAUAAGUGAUCCCUACAGGUACUUAUCUGUGUGUGUGUGUAUAUGCAUGCACAUUUUUGCCUUAGAACUCUGAAAGGGUGAAUGGGAGGGAAUGUUCAAUGACCAUUGAGACAUGAACUACUUUUGAGUGUACUGUGAUAAAGGAGAAUUAAACUAUUUUUAGGGACCUAAUCUUUAUUUUUCAUGUAAAUGGCAUGUUAUUAGAAAGGGUCCAGACGACAUAUUUUUUUGCAAUUUCAUUUGGUUUUGAGAAACUUACCCAGAAGCGAUCGACUUCCUGGGCCUCAUUCUGGAGUUCCAAGACAUCCCAAAACAUGAAAAACGUGAGCGCUUUUCUGUUUGUAAAAGGAUGUUUUUGGAUCCUUUUCAUGUUUUUUGGAUGCCCCGGAACUCCAGGCUCGAGAAGUCGAUCCCUGCCGGGGUACAUUUUUCAAAACCAAGUGAAAUUGCAAAAAGAAGGGUCUGUAAACCUUGUAUAACAUUCCAUUUACAUCCAAAAUAAAGAUGAGGUUCUAAAUGAAAUUCUCUUAAGCACUCUGCACAGUCAAUGUGCAUGUCAGUCAUGUAUCCUAAUAUUUGUAGUAUAGCCUGGGGAUGAAGAUGACUCUUCUUCUUUGUAAGGUUAGUCCGGUUUAGUUUUCCUGGGACGUGAUCACGUUGCCUUGUCGGCUUUCUUUAACUUGCGUGUGAAAGGUGUUGAGUUUCAGAUUCUGCUCAAAACGAUUGGCAUCAAAACUGUCUGUGUACAGGACGGUGCACAACAUGUUAGCAUAUUUGUGUUACUUAUUGUUGUUGCUAUUAAUAAUGAUGGUGGUGACUUUUUUCUGAAUAUAAAUGAACAUUUAUAUAUAAAUAUAUACAAAGAAGAAAAAAAAAGAUUUGGACUAAGAUUAUGAUAAGCACUUGGGGCUGCUUUUUUUUUUCUUAAUUUGUUUUUGUUUCAUUACCGCCAUGUGAAGUGCGUUUUGUUAUUUCUUUCUUAAGAAAACUUUGAAUGUAUUCCCCUCCUCCCCCCCCAAAAAAAGACAAAAUGUGAUGAUACCGGAUAUAAUUUCAACAACAACAAAAAAAACUCAGAUUGAAGAGGUCUUUCACCUUUUCUUUUUUACUCCGAGGAAGAACUCGGGAUGGCUACAGUUGAUCCCACUGCCUCUGCAAUCCUGUUGUUACAAAAACAAUAUUACUAUGAGAAAUAAAAUGGACUAUUUUCUAUUCCUUACUGGAUUUUUGGUUGUUUACAAAACACAGAUUUCUGUGGGUGCAGUUUUUUUGUGUAGGGGUGGGGUUUUGCGAGUGUGCUUCUGCAAUAUGGACGUUCAUUGGCGUACAUUGCUUUUGGCGGGAGGAGGAGUGACAUCACAAUGUGACGGACAAGAUCCUUGCCCUUUGACCCUUUAGUGGGCAUGGCUCUUUGGAAUUGACUGAUCCUCAAGGAGCGCAGGAGAAAGAAUUCAACAACAAAGUUAGUCUGUUUUUUUUGGUUUUGGGGGAGUUCAUUAUUAGUGUGUCUUCCGGUUUCAUUUAGUUACUUUUUUGUUGUUGAACUGCCUAUCUUAACUAGACAAUUACUGAAAGAAGUAUAAAGCUUAAACAAAAAGCAGGGCAGAGGUGUUUUUGGUACUUCGACCACAAAUAAAGGAAACAACAAUAUCAUCGCUUUAAUAGGAGAGAAAAAAAUGCCCUGGAGUGAAAUUGGAGUUUUAUUUUUUAUCCACCAACGUAAAAGAGACAGAUGGACAAAUCUUUGAGGGGUGGAUGAGAAUAAAGGAAAUUUGAAGAUUUUGUAAAACUGUACAUACAUGAUGUUGACCUCAAAUCUACCAUUGCAUUUGAUUGGACUGUGUCAGCAGCAUAUCUUACUUUUUAUCAUUAUACUUUUUUAAGGGGGCUCAGGGUGUGCAGUGGGAGUGUAUUAACCCUGCAAUGAGGGGAAAUGAAAGGGUACCCGUUCUGAUCCCUGGGGGACACCCCUCGACACUCACACCCUGCCCUGACACUCACUAUGCACUUUCUAACUGUGAGGUUCCAUUACAUUUGGGACGGGAGCACAGAAAUAUUAUAGUACAAAGGGAGGGUUGGAAAAUGUAACUUUUUGAGUUUUUAGUUAGUACCGUCUCACUGAAAACGAGAUUCAAACCGAAACGAAAGACUUUCGGUUUCCUCCUGUACAUAACCAUAUUUUUGUAUUACCUUUUUUUUUUGAAAAUAACUUGGACAAAACCACAAGGCUUGAUAUAAAAACAAACAGAUGAAAGAAAUUCAAGACAGAUUGAGGAACAGAGUGAAUGUUCCUCAAGGAAACAUGUUUUUUUUUGUUGAAAAUACUGAGGUAAAUUAACUACCUGGAAGUUCCCUUGACUUUGCCAGUGGCCCUGUCUAUCAUCAGGAAUGGCGAAAGAAAGGACUUAACGUGGAUGGAGCUGCGGACUGUAGGGACUACCAAGACUGAUUGGUGAUCAUCGUCUGUCAUCAAAAUGGACUCCGCUGCAGAGCCCAGCCCAGGGUGUUUGAACAACAAUCACCAACCAAUGGAGAAGGCAGGGGAGAGACAACACAAACGAUGGAUGUACGGGGAGACCUUCUGCCCAGAUGCCCCCCCGCCUUCUGCCACCUAGCCACUGCCUGGAGAUCAACUACAAGGUGACUGCAAGAAGAGAACCAUCAUAUAGGAUUCUAACUGUUCCUAGCUGCCCUCUGUUGGAAAGGAGAUGGAGCGUACUGUAUCUUCAAACCUUUCUUUUCCUCUUCUUUCUGCCCCUGGUGGUAAAAGUGCCAAGCAGAAACCACAGCAGCAGCGGAACUUGAACAGUGGACUACACACAAACGUAGAGCUUUACUCGUGUGUACAGUACACGCAGCUGGAUUCUGGUAAAAGAAUUGCAAGCACACAUUCUCAAAAAGACUUGCUCUUUUCUAGAACCACAUUCACACACACAACUAAUAGAGCCUGUCAUUACACCAGUGUUUCCCAAACUCGGUCCUGGAGGCCCCAAGGGGUGCACUACACAGCUGAUUCAAAUAAUCAACUAAUCAUCAAGCGCUGGUUAUUCGAAUCAGUUGUGUAGUGCUAGGGCAUAAACAAAAACGUGCACCCCUUGGGGUCCCCAGGACCGAGUUUGGGAAACACUGCAUGACACACACACACACAAGCGGAAAGGCUCAAUACUACACACUUGAGUUCAAACUGCUAUGUAAAUAACGUGAAAGUAUUUUGUUUUGGUCUAAUUGUUUUUCUUUUCUCUCUGUUCAACAUGCCUUAACUGUACAGAUCUGCCUUGUAUGGCAAACUCUAAAUAUUCAAUAAACAGUAAGAGAACAUAAGGACAAUAGCAUUUGAAGGGGAGGUCUGUUCUACUUACUUGGACAGGACUGUCUUAUUGGCUAACAAUACUGUUGUAUGUUACGUUAUUUCUGUCCAGCAUCUAUCGCACGUUAGCAUGAAAGUAGAACUGUAGAAAACCCCUUACGAUGAUGGUGGUUUGCCUUUUUUGAAAGCAAGAGUGUUUCUUUUCAGAUAUCCAGUUUUAAAUGCCUAUACAUGUAGUUGGUGUAGGGUGAGGAAUGAGAAGUCUGGAGUAUAGUGUGGAGCUGAGCUGACUUGGAAGGGUAUGUUAAAGGCCCAGUGCACCCAAAAAAAACGACUUUAUAUAUAGUAUAUUUCCACACUGAGGUUUGAAUAAUACUGUAAAACUGUGAAAAUGUUAAUGCUCUUUUAGUUUAAGAGCUAUUUGAAAAGACUACCUAUUUUGGUGGGAUGGAGUUGCCGCCUGCAUGGUGACAUAGACCAAUAAGAAAAAGCGUUCCAAGCCUCUCUGCCAAUAACAGCUAGUUUAGUUUCCCUCCCCACUCAGACCACUCCCAGACAGUCCUUGCUAAAUUGAUCUUUGCUAAGAAGCUGUUUUUGUUUCUUUUUGACCAUUUUAAAUCAAUGAAAUCACAGUAAGGUAAUUAAACUGUUUCCCAGAAAUGAUUUGAUAUUGAGAUAUGACUACAUAUUACUAUUUACCCCAUCAAUAGUAAUGUUUUGACGGAAAGGAUUUUGACACAAUGAUUCACAUUAUGAGACUUGAUUUGAAACAUGUUCAACUGUUUUAUCUUGGUGCUUACCACACCUUAAAAUGGAGGAUAUAUUUAUUCUUGGCGUUCUCGGAGUAGCCUAAAUUGUCCCUAAACAUUUGACUACUGACCAUUUGUAAUGACUUAUGUCCCUGUAUAUUAGAAGCGUCUACCGUAGCUAAUGGUAUUGAAUGGCUGUAUACGAGUCAAGGUUUACUCAACAGAUUGAGUGGCUAUGAUACUUGUUGCUAUAUGUAUUCCAUUAUACAGUUGAUAAUGGGUUUGUCUCUCUUCUACUGAAGGUGCUUGGAACAGUUCUGAAACUUGUUAGUUUGUUUUUCGUAUGGAGAAACCCAAUACUUCCCCUGUCAGUUAGGUUGAAUGGAUUAAUUCUUUUGAAAGUGUUUUCCUAUUUAGAAUCAGUUCUGGUUGGUCCGACAAACAAGUAUUAACUUCCGUUGUAGGAUAUGACUGUGGUUCAGGUUUUUCCAUAUAUGUUAGCUUUGGCUUUCUACCCAGCUAGCACAUUUGGUUCCUUGGAAGUUGUGGGAACGUUGUUUUUUUUGUUUCCAAUUGGUUGUGGGAAGAAGCCAUACCUUUCCUAACUGGUAAAACAGAAGAAAAAAAAUGUACGUUCUGUGUACAGCAGUGAAAACUUUGCCUGUUCUGGGAAUGUUAAUUUUUAGGUUGCAGGGAGGUUCUUACAACGUUUUACUCUGGUUCCUUUAAAGUUCCCCUCUGAGGUUUUAUUAAACACUGAGAACGGAAAUUCUAGGUACUUGAAGUUUUUUUUAAAUAACUUCCUUGACUUUCACUGAAAGUUUCAAUAAGAAACUGAACGUUUCAAGAGCACCGUUAGCUUAUUUGGGGUUAACUGUUUAAACUCCAAGCACAGAUCAGACACAUGGAAAUCGAUGCAAACAUUUAAAAAAUUGUGACAUUGCAUCUGUGAGAUUCGAACCUAUAAUCUUCUGGAAUUAGUCUACUGUGCCAUCAGGAUGGAGCUAGUGUGCCAUUGUUUUUUUUUUUACACAUACAAAUCUGUUCCUUUGAGUCUAUUUAAACAGACCACAUUUUUAAAGGAAACAGCACUCCUCAAGCUCAGGUGUGGCCAAUUAGUGGGUGCGGCCACCACACCCAAACACACUUAACAAGAGUGUUUUGGUGACGCUGAGAACAGGAUGUAUGUUUUGAAAUAACGUUCUCUGAACAUUAAAGUUUUUUAUAGGAAGUUUUAAACAAUGAGAACAUAACUUUAAAUAGAACCAUGAGGAAACGUUAUGCUGAAGUACUGAAAUUCCCACAGAAGAACGUUGUUUAACGUUCUCUGAACUAUGAGAACAUUCCCAAUGUCAAACCAGUUGGAGAAUGUUCUUAAAACAUUACCAAAACUGAACUUAAAUGUAACCAUGUUUGAACUUUUAGGAAACAUUCUGUUAAAAGUAAUGACAUUUGACAAAGUGCUGAGAAUGCUCCAAAGCCAAGCAACUAUCCUGCAACGUUCCCAGAAAGUUGUGGGAAGGUCAUAUGCAAAAUCAACACGACCAGACUCUCACCAAACUAAUAAACAUAUGGUUCUCAGAAAGUUACGUUUUAGCUGGGUUGGUUUUGAAUACACUCUUCAGUCCGUUUGGAUCAGUUUAUGUAUUGGUUAGUGCAGAUUGGGGAAUAUCUAAAAUGUCACUGAAGUACUUUGUGAAGACAGAGAGAGCAGGGUAUUGUCAUUAUUUGAAUUCCAUCGGUCAGAUAAGGAUGCCAGUGGCAUGCUGGUUUGCAGGGAGCCGUGUUUCAAAUGUAGCCACCAAUUGUUCUAGUCUGUUGUUGAAUGACUGGUGGUUAUCAUAUGUUAGUCUGUCAAGUCUCCAGCUGUUGACAUUUUUCAGAUUUUCUGUUAAUCCUUGAAGUUCAAAAGUUAUUGAUGUUUUGGCAUUGUGAUGCCCCUGGGGGAGAUUAUUAAUUUACCAAUUUAUCAAAUGAUAUUUUCCCUUGUUUCACCCAGUCAGCUCAAUUCCAUCACUUAAACGUUUUGAAUGAGUUUAGUAACAUAAAUGCAUUCAGAAAAAGAACAUACCUAAAGAAUUGUAAAUAGUUUGUUUUUUGUUUGAAGAGAACCAAAAGUGAUUAAAUAAAAUGCAUUUGAUGGGUA